AUGAGGAGGGGCAACCAGAGUAGUGUGUCUGAGUUUAUCCUCCUGGGGCUCCCCAUCCAGCCAGAGCAGCAGGGCAUCUUCUUCACACUGUUCCUGACCAUGUACCUGACCACGGUGCUGGGGAACCUGCUCAUCAUCCUGCUCAUCAGGCUGGACUCUCGCCUCCACACCCCCAUGUACUUCUUCCUGUGCCACCUGGCCUUCUCCGACAUCUCCUUAUCAUCUGUCACCAUCCCAAAGAUGCUCAGCAACAUGCAGACUCAGCACCUGUCCAUCCCUUAUGAGGGGUGCAUCACUCAAAUGUAUUUUUUCUUACUUUUUGUAUGUGUUGACAAUUUUCUUCUUGGAGUGAUGGCGUAUUACAGCUAUGUGGCCAUCUGCCACCCACUGCACUACAUGGUUAUCAUGAGGGAGGAGCUGUGUGACUUAUUGGUGGCUGGGUGCUGGUUUUUUCCUUGUAUACAUGCCCUUCUGCAUACCCUGCUCCUGUCCUGCCUGUCCUUCUGUGCUGACAACACUAUCCCCCACUUUUUCUGUGAUCUCAAUGAACUCCUGAAGCUUACUUGCUCAGAUACCUCCCUCAAUGAGCUAGUCAUCUUCACUGAGGGAGGAGUAUUGACUCUCCUGCCACUGGGUACUAUUUUGGGUUCUUACAUCUGCAUUAGUUUUACCGUCUCAAAGUUCCCCUCUACUAAGAAGUUCUGCAAAGUUCUGUCUACCUGUGGCUCUCACCUCUUCCUUGUAUUUUUAUACUAUGGGACUCUUGCAAUUAUUUAUUUCUUUCCUUCCUCAAAUAAUUCCCAAGUUAAGAACAUAAUUUCUUCAAUAAUAUAUACAGUGGUGACACCCAUGCUGAACCCCUUCAUCUAUAGCCUUAGGAACAGAGACAUGAAAUUGGCUCUGGGGUUACUUUGGAGAAGAGGAGUUAUUUUAGCAAAGUGA